AUGCUGCGAUCAAUAAUGUCGGUCUUGGCUCCGAGCCAACUUCGUUUGAUCGACUGGGGUUUAGCUGAGUUCUAUCAUCCGAAACAAGACUACAAUGUUCGAGUCGCUUCACGGAUUUGCAAAGCUCACAGCUGUGUCUUCCACUUAGUAUUGAUUAGCAUAAAGACAAGUAUUGAUUAG